AUUCAGUGAGUAAUACAAUUUUCGCGAUGGACCCCGCGACAGCUUUGCUAAUUAUUGGCGCCUUUGCGGCGUAUAUGAGCUCUUUAGAAGAGCCAAAGUGCCAGCUUAAUACGUCGCCGUCUGCACCCCUCAUAGUGACUACCAACGGCUCCCACACCGUACUAUCUCCAUAUACCGGAUUAAUAGAAAGAAAUAACAGCCAGGAAAUACAGUUUUACUGCGGCACCGGAUUUAUUUUUCAAAAUGACGGCCAGGAUCAGUUCGUCUCCGAGCACAGGCUGGAAACGCUCGUCUGCCAGAAAGACGGUAGCUUUCUGCUGAAGAAGCAUCAAAGGCACAUCAAGGGAGACAAGAGGAGUGUCCGAUGUCGCAACGGAGUGGCCGGCCUGUACCAGAGUCGCACCAGCCUACCCAACUGCAAGGACCAGUCGACCCUGGUUCUGGGCCACGACUUUCGGGAAAGGGGCUCCAUCAGGAGCGCAGCCCUGUGCUACGAUAUCGCCAAGGCCCAUCUGAGGUAUAUAACCUAUGCGACACAUCCAGGCGGCCAAAGAGUACUCGAAAAGACGCACUUGGGAGAGCUCAAUAAUCUGGGGCUCGAUGUAAGAGUGAGCCGGCUCUCUAAAAUGGCCAGCCAGGCGGAUGUGGAUGCAUUCUGGAGCAAGGAGAAGCUUCUCUCGCAGAUGUUCGGCACCGGACCCUUCGACUACGCCAGUUUGGUGCAGGACCAGUCUCUGGGCGCCCAGCUGGCCGGCUACGAGGACAUGAUGAGCGUCGUCUGGCUGCACAGCCUGCGCACCGGGAACUGGAGGCACUGGCUCGCGGCUCUGCGCUCGGCCAGCGAGUCCGGCGACCAGUUCGAAGUGCGCCUGGGUGUCUCCGGCUCCGUUGAGCUGCCGGAUGGCCGCGAACUGGCCAUCGGCCUUGCGGACGGCCAAUCCCUUUCAGUGCCCGCCUACAUUUGGGCCCAUGUGCGCGCCCUGCGGCCGGCUGGGGCGUCCCAGGACGAGUUCGUCCUUGUAGGACAUAACUCCCCCUUUUUCCGGAACGAUCCUUCCGCCGAACUCUGCCCGUCGAUGUGCGACCAGGUGUCCUGGCUGAAGGACACCCUCUUCGCCGGUGUCCACCGCUAUCCCAUCAACGGCUUGAUGAUGUGCUGCCGGGUGGCGGAUGUGGCCCAGAAGCUGGACUCCUUUUACGGAUCGGAGGCUCAGACAACAGGCACCACCGAAGACUCAAAGGCGCUCGAAGUAGAUUCGAAAUAAAUAGCUGACAACAUAAACCUGUCAACACUAAAUAUUGAUUUGAAAUAUUAAAAUAAAAUAACGAUUGCAAUGUGUCAGCGCAAAAGUCAUCAUAA